AUGUUGUUGUCACAGAGGAGGCCUACUACUUGGAACAAAUCUACUCGGGGUACUAGGAACAAAUCUACACAAGGGUACUUGGAACAAAUCUACACAAGGGGUACUAGGACAAAAUCUACUAAGGGUACUAGGAACAAAUCUACUCAGGGUACUAGGAACAAAUCUACUAAGGGUACUAGGAACAAAUCUACUAAGGGUACUAGGAACAAAUCCACUAAGGGUACUAGGAACAAAUCUACUAAGGGUACUAGGAACAAAUCUACUCAGGGUACUAAGAACAAAUCUACUAAGGGUACUAGGAACAAAUCUACUCAGGGUACUAGGAACAAAUCUACUCAAGGUACUAGGAACAAAUCUACUCAGGGUACUAGGAACAAAUCUACUAAGGGUACUAGGAAAAAAUCUACUCAGGGUACUAGGAACAAAUCUACUAAGGGUACUAGGAACAAAUCUACUCAGGGUACUAAGAACAAAUCUACUAAGGGUACUAGGAACAAAUCUACUCAGGGUACUAGGAACAAAUCUACUCAAGGUACUAGGAACAAAUCUACUAAGGGUACUAGGAACAAAUCUACUCAGGGUACUAGGAACAAAUCUACUAAGGGUACUAGGAACAAAUCUACUCAGGGUACUAGGAACAAAUCUACUCAAGGUACUAGGAACAAAUCUACUAAGGGUACUAGGAACAAAUCUACUCAGGGUACUAGGAAGAAAUCUACUAAGGGUACUAGGAACAAAUCUACUCAGGGUACUAAGAAGACUAAAGAGUGA